AUGACCAACGUAGCAGUGAUGGGCCCCCCUCCUUCCCCCAAGGAACCCCGACGCUCUGGGCGACGUUCAGUACCGUCUGCAUCCACCAGUAAAUCCCCAGUGGGAUCGCCUACGUCCGAAUCUGCGCCCAAAGUCAAAGAAAACCCGAAUCGACCUUCUUUGUCGGCAUCCACCUCAAAUGGCAAAAGUAAGCGUAGCAAACAAGAAGACCACGACGACACCCUCGAAGAUACCCGCAAGAACGGUGUCAACGGGAACGGCAGCGCGCGCUCGAAGCGCAAGGGAAAGGAGAAAGAGAAACCGUCCUCGGCUUUAGAGGCAUUGGGGGACGUUGGGAAUAGUGAAAUCCCGCAGCCCGACGCGCCAGGACAAGAGGGGGCGGUCGAUGGCGAAGAGGAUGAUGAGGAGACAGGCAUCACUCGAUGCAUCUGUGGAGACGAGGAACCAGAAUCCGCAGAGUUCAUGGCACAAUGCGAAAUGUGUAAGGCCUGGCAGCACGGCCAAUGCAUGGGUUUUGCCAACAUCGCAUCCCUACCCCAGCACUACUAUUGCGAGCAGUGUCGACCGGAUCUUUACACUGAGCUUCUGAAGAAACACGCUAAAAGGGCCCGCCAGUCGUCGACCGCCUCCCACCACACUUCUGCCACAGCUUCACACGCGCCCCGUUCGUCUCGGUCGCACUCUCCCAUACACCAUCAAAAGCCGGCCAAACGACGAAAUACGAUGAAUAGCCGAGACGCGGCGUUCGAAGAGAGUUUUCAGGCGCUGCUUGAGGCGACUGCUGUCGAGGCGGCCGCUCAAGAAGUGCAUGCCGCCACAGUAGUCACGAAGGAGAAUGGGGACAUGAACGGUCACGACGGCGAACCGGAGAUUGAGGUCGCACCCAACAGCCGGAGAAAGCGAAAGCGAUCUGACGACGACGCUACGACCACAAAACGGACACGAUCCACGUCUAUUGCAUCCGAUCGCACCAGUGUGGCCAACACAGUUGUGGCCCGCGAUCCCACACCAAUAAAUGGGGGCAGCAACAACAACGCAAAGGCGUCAACAUCGAUGGGGAAGUCUUCCAGCUCUCGCAACAGACGUGGAACAGCGCGUAAAUCACAGGCACAGGACCUGGCAUCAGUCGAGGGCGACGAAGUCCCUUCAGCAGGCAACACAGGUUCAGCGCGCAGGCAAGCCACCAGCCGCGCAAAAGCAACUACGGCGAACGACAACGCCACUCGCCGGGCGCAGGCCAACCCUGCCAAUGGCCAUGGGGCAAAUGCAGCCUCGCAUUCAAACACCACGAAUGCACGCGCCUACCAUCACACACAUGCAUAUGCUGUGUCACAACAGCCGUUAUUCACAUCGUGGAAUCUUCCAGACUACCUCGCGCAUCUUGAACCGAUGCUACCAACCGGGGUCCCACAGCCCCUCGAGGUGCGGGGCUCGGGUGUCGACUUUAUUGGCAGGGAGUCCCUGGAGCGUACAACCGAGCGCGGAGUCAAAGUGAAAUGGCCUAGCAAGCGGAUGAGUGUAGGAGACAUGAACAAACGCGUCAGAGCUCUGGUGGAGUGGGUUGGUCGGGAACAAGCUAGCGCUUUGGAGAGAAGCAGGCGGAGGGAAGCAUUAGAAAGAGCAUUGAGAGAAGCACGGAGCUCAAAUAUGGAUGGUCAACCGGGAUCGGGAGACCAUCCCCCAGGCUCAAAUGGAGAGGCGAUAACGAAUCAUAGUUCCCCCGCAGAUGCUGUCUCGCCUGAGAAGCGGCUGUCGUCGACCAAUGGCCCCCCUCCAAAUGGUUUAGACUCUGGCCUGACAACGAUGAAACUCAUGGAGGAGCUCAUGGAGGAGCUCAUUGGGUUUCAGGAGAGGUUUGGUCCAGGCGCAAAGACGAAGGAGCGGGAACGAAGGACUGCUCUCGCAUGA